ACGAUGAACCCAGCCGUGAAUUAGGACCGUGGAGGCGCCUCGUCGAAUAGUCCGCUCCAGUUUGGUAUCUUCGCUCAGCGGCGUAACCUUGUUGGGCGAAACCCCAAAACUCCCCUCUUCCUUCGAUCCCCACCACCUCAAUCUUUUGCCCUCUCAUUCCCCGCUAAUCCGAUUGGAAACCCUCGUUCUAGGGUUCUCUGGGAGCCUCUUCUCCGCCAGGCCCCCCUCCCCCGUUCCUCCCUGGUUCAUGCUCUAGUUCACGGAAAAGAAUGAUCUUUUCUAGGCUUGGCCAAUCUCUCUCGCGAUCCUCGCGUUCCCUAUACGAAGCCGGCGCUUUUUUGGGCGGUUCUGUUGUGAGGUCUGGCUGUUCGAAGGAAGCCGUUCUGCAAUCACCGAGUUUUCGUGGUGGCAGUGGAGGUUUAGGGUUUCUGAGGAGUUAUUUGACUUCCAUCGGAGCGAAUAAGGCUAUUGGUGCCAAGAAGUACCAGGCAGAUUGGAGAUUCCUCCUCGCAAAUCCUAGUUUUAGACGGCUCUUUUCCAGUGAAUCACCGGACAAGAAGAAUUAUGAGAACUACCACCCGAAGGAUAGGAAGGAAAUUCCGAAAGGAAAUGAGAACAACAAAUCGGACUCGAAAGAGAAUUCAAAUACAGAAGAUCAGGCGAAUUUUCAGGAGAAUUUUAUGAAGCAGUUGCAGAGUUACCUUGCUCCUAUACUGUUUAUGGGACUAUUGCUUUCUUCCUUUUCCUUUGGCUCUUUUGACCAAAAAGAGAUUAGUUUCCAGGAAUUCAAGAAUAAGCUCCUGGAACCUGGUUUAGUGGAUCACAUUGUUGUGUCCAAUAAAUCAGUUGCAAAAGUGUAUGUCAGGAAUUCGCCAAAGACAAGCUAUCAAACCGGGGAGAAUGAGAUACAGGAAACCACAACAAGUUCUCCUCCUAGGCAUGCUGGUAGCCAGUAUAAGUAUUACUUCAAUAUUGGAAGUGUGGAAUCAUUUGAAGAAAAAUUGGAGGAAGCUCAGGAAGCCUUGGGGAUAGAUCCUCAUGAUUAUGUCCCUGUUAGAUAUAUUUCUGAAGUAAUUUGGUACCAAGAAUUGCUCAAAUUUGCCCCAACAGCAUUUCUUGUGGGGCUGAUUUACUUUAUGGGGCGGAAAAUACAGGGUGGAUUUGGCGUUGGUGGUGGUGCGGGUAGGGGUAGUCGUGGGAUAUUUAACAUUGGAAAAGCCCAAGUGACAAAGAUGGACAAGAAUUCAAAAAAUAAGGUAUUCUUUAAAGAUGUAGCUGGCUGUGAUGAGGCCAAACAAGAAAUUAUGGAAUUUGUGCACUUCUUAAAAAAUCCCAAGAAGUAUGAGGAACUGGGAGCGAAAAUUCCCAAAGGUGCUCUUCUUGUAGGCCCUCCUGGCACGGGAAAAACACUUCUUGCAAAAGCAACUGCAGGAGAGUCUGGUGUACCUUUCUUGUCUAUUGCUGGUUCAGAUUUUAUGGAAAUGUUUGUCGGUGUUGGACCUUCCAGGGUGAGGAACUUGUUUGUGGAAGCCCGACAGUGUGCACCUAGCAUAAUUUUUAUUGAUGAGAUUGAUGCAAUUGGUCGGGCAAGAGGCCGUGGGGGAUUCUCAGGUGCCAAUGAUGAGCGCGAAAGUACACUAAAUCAGUUACUUGUGGAGAUGGAUGGAUUUGGAACAACCUCUGGGGUUGUUGUACUUGCUGGGACAAAUCGGCCUGACAUCUUGGAUAAGGCCUUGUUAAGGCCAGGUCGGUUUGAUCGUCAAAUUACAAUUGACAAACCUGACAUAAAAGGACGUGAUCAGAUAUUCCGUAUAUAUCUUAAGAAGAUCAAGCUGGACAAAGAUCCAUCAUAUUACUCUCAAAGGCUAGCUGCCCUUACGCCUGGUUUUGCUGGAGCUGACAUUGCCAAUGUUUGUAACGAGGCUGCUUUGAUAGCUGCAAGAAGUGAGGAAACACAAGUUACAAUGCAGCAUUUUGAAGCUGCUAUUGAUCGUAUAAUUGGUGGUUUGGAGAAGAAGAACAAGGUGAUCAGCAAGCUGGAACGUCGAACUGUUGCUUACCAUGAAUCAGGUCAUGCUGUUGUUGGAUGGUUCUUGGAGCAUGCAGAGCCUUUACUUAAAGUUACAAUAGUUCCACGUGGAACUGCAGCAUUGGGCUUUGCUCAGUAUGUGCCAAAUGAAAACCUCCUAUUGACCAAGGAGCAGCUUUUUGACAUGACAUGCAUGACACUAGGUGGGCGUGCAUCUGAAGAGGUCUUGUUGGGGAAGAUUUCUACUGGAGCUCAAAAUGAUUUGGAGAAAGUGACCAAGAUGACUUACGCUCAAGUUGCAGUAUAUGGUUUCAGUGACAAGAUUGGGCUCCUUUCAUUUCCCCAGAGGGAUGAUGGUUUUGAAAUGAGCAAGCCUUACAGCAGCAAGACUGGAGCCAUCAUUGAUGCUGAGGUGAGGGAAUGGGUUACAAAGGCCUAUCAGAGAACAGUGGAACUGAUGAAGGAACACAAGGAUCAUGUCAUCCAGAUCGCUGAGCUGCUGCUGGAGAAGGAGGUCCUACACCAAGACGAUUUGGUAAGAGUCCUUGGCGAGCGCCCAUUCAAAUCAAGUGAACCAACAAAUUAUGAUAGGUUUAAGCAAGGGUUCCAAGAGGAAGAGGACGAUAAAGGUGGGGAACCUUCAAAGGCUGUGGACGAAGACGAUGGAUCGUCGUCACUCUGUGGGGUAGUGCCCACGUAGCCAGAGCAUUUUUUGGCAAUGUAUACUUAAUCAAUUUCCAUUUUUCUUUUGUUUUACCUUGUAUUUAAGAAAUUGUACAAUUCAGCAUCCGUAUCAG